AAAAUCAAAAUAAUUAGAACAAGUAGGCGUAUUCACCAAAAAAUAAAUUACACAAACUUUCUACACAAUGAUCCGCUUUAUUUUAAUUCAAAACCGAGCUGGUAAGACACGUCUAGCAAAAUGGUAUAUGAAUUUUGAUGAUGAUGAGAAACAGAAACUGAUAGAAGAAGUACACGCUGUUGUUACUGUGCGCGAUGCAAAGCACACGAAUUUUGUUGAGUUUCGAAACUUCAAAAUAGUGUACAGGCGAUAUGCAGGAUUAUAUUUCUGCAUUUGUGUGGAUGUGAAUGACAACAAUUUGUGUUAUCUUGAAGCUAUCCAUAACUUUGUUGAGGUGUUGAAUGAAUACUUCCAUAAUGUAUGUGAAUUGGAUCUGGUAUUCAACUUUUAUAAGGUAUACACAGUGGUUGAUGAAAUGUUCCUGGCAGGAGAGAUCAGAGAAACCUCCCAAACUAAAGUACUGAAGCAGCUUCUCAUGCUAAAUUCUUUAGAAUGAUUUUUUAAAAUAUAUAUUUGUGGCUCAUAUGAUAUUUUGCUUAUUUUGUUAAUUGUAACAACAUACUGCAGUUAAAGGAUACGGUGGACGGUGUCACACUAUGGUGAUUCCACUACUUAGCUACCACAUUGGGAAUGGCUUUGGUACGACUAUCCAUUGGCAAGUACGACUAUCCAUUGGCAAACGGGUUGGCAACUGCAGUUUUUUAUUUUUAUUGUCUUUAUUAGGUAGAUGCUGCUGCCCAUCUCCUGAUUUGUUUCCCUCUGUCGCCUCUUACAACACCCACGGGAUGAUAUGGGAUAGUGAAUAUUCUUACACUGCCACUAAACGGUUUGCAAUAUGGGAUAAAUAAAUAAUAACACAUUGAGUGUUUAUGUAGUUUAGUAAGUUUCAACUUUUACAACAACUUAUUGAAAGUUUGAAAAACAAUUUGCAGCAAUGUAAUGAAAAUUUUAAUGUGUUAAAAUUAUAGUUUAUCAAGAUAAAUUAUAGUAAAGACAAACACUGUUUAUUGUAUUUAAAACCAAAACAAGGGCUUCGAUACUCAAAAAUAAGGCACUAGAAACACAAUUGCACUGUUGUACUGUACACUUAGAGUCGGUAAUAUUACCAGCUUUAUAUUAUAUUAUUUAGACUAAGAUCUGAAUAGAGCGUUUGGUGGUGUAUGCAGUAUGGUAGUUUCCAUAGUGUAUAGUAGUCCUAGAGUAUUUGAGGUAUACAAUCUAUAAAUCAUAUAAGUAAAUACAACACAUUGAAAUAUAAAAUAUAAGAAAAUAAAUAAAACCCAACUCGAGGGGAGCUCCUGAUAGCAGAGAUCUAACAGCCAAAGUUUAGUUGAAAAGUGAGAGAAUUCAUAUGUAUGUUCAAAUGGUAUUUAGAAGCCACCAUUUGUAUUACAUAAAUUUUAUUAUAUUAUAUAAUAAUAAUUAAAAAUAUCUAUCUUAUAAUAAUUGUACACUGGGCUUGUUGAACCUAUUAGUUAACCUAUAAAUAUAUUAUAACUGUAGAUGAAUUAAGGUAAUCUAUAAAAAAAAUAUAAUAUUGCGAUAGGAGAUUUAAAAGCUUUGCCCAAUUUUAAAUUUGUAUAUACUAAUUUAUAUCUGUGCGAUUCUUGUGUAGCAUUUUAUUUAAGUUAAUAGUGUUAUUUUAAAAAUUACCGAUUUUCAGCAAUAUAUGAUAACACAUUUAAAACAUUAUACUUACCGUUGUAGGAAAUUGAUGUGCUCACAAUGUAUCUGCUAUUCCAAAAGUUUUGUGAUACUUAGUUCGAUGUUUAAAGUUUUGUAUUAAAAAUAUUCUUGUAAAAAUAUUUAUCAAACAUAAAAGUAUGG